AGGAUCGCUGAGAGUCUGGCCGAGCGGGAGCGGGCGCGCGCGCGCGCGGACUGUGCAGACUGGGCGCGCGUUGGCCGCGGACGGCUCCAAGGGCCCAGCGAGGCUGCGUCCUGAGCGGGACCGGCCGACUGACUAGCGGGCGCCGCGAUGGCCGAGGGUAGCGCCGUGUCCGAUCCGCAGCACGCCGCGCGCCUGCUGCGAGCGCUCAGCUCUUUCCGCGAGGAGUCCCGCUUCUGCGACGCGCACCUUGUCCUCGAUGGGGAGGAGAUCCCCGUGCAAAAGAACAUCUUGGCGGCGGCCAGUCCGUACAUCAGGACAAAGUUAAACUAUAAUCCUCCAAAAGAUGAUGGAUCAACCUAUAAGAUUGAACUUGAAGGGAUAUCGGUAAUGGUUAUGAGAGAGAUCCUGGAUUACAUCUUCAGUGGGCAGAUCCGGCUUAAUGAAGAUACCAUCCAAGAUGUCGUACAGGCAGCGGACCUGCUCCUGCUGACGGAUCUUAAAACUCUGUGCUGCGAGUUUUUAGAAGGCUGCAUUGCUGCCGAGAACUGCAUUGGGAUCCGUGACUUUGCACUUCAUUACUGCCUGCACCACGUUCAUUACCUUGCAACGGAAUACCUGGAGACUCACUUCCGAGAUGUCAGCAACACGGAAGAAUUCCUAGAACUGAGUCCUCAGAAGCUUAAAGAAGUGAUUUCUCUUGAGAAGUUAAACGUUGGCAAUGAAAGAUACGUUUUUGAGGCAGUAAUUCGAUGGAUAGCACAUGAUACAGAAAUAAGAAAGGUCCACAUGAAGGAUGUUAUGUCAGCUCUGUGGGUUUCAGGGUUAGACUCCAGCUACUUACGGGAGCAGAUGCUGAAUGAACCAUUAGUACGAGAAAUUGUCAAAGAGUGCAGCAACAUACCACUGAGCCAGCCGCAGCAAGGAGAGGCGAUGCUAGCCAAUUUCAAACCCCGGGGCUACUCCGAGUGCAUUGUGACUGUUGGUGGAGAAGAAAGAGUUUCACGGAAACCAACAGCAGCAAUGCGAUGUAUGUGCCCUCUUUAUGACCCCAAUAGGCAGCUUUGGAUUGAACUGGCCCCUUUAAGCAUGCCAAGAAUCAACCACGGAGUGCUCUCAGCAGAAGGAUUUUUGUUUGUAUUUGGGGGCCAAGAUGAGAAUAAGCAGACCCUGAGCUCUGGAGAAAAGUAUGACCCAGAUGCAAAUUCAUGGACUGCAUUGCCACCGAUGAACGAGGCAAGACAUAACUUUGGAAUUGUGGAGAUAGAUGGCAUGCUGUACAUUUUAGGAGGAGAGGAUGGUGAGAAAGAGCUAAUUUCCAUGGAGUGUUAUGAUAUUUAUUCUAAAACCUGGACAAAGCAACCUGAUUUGACCAUGGUUAGAAAGAUUGGCUGCUAUGCAGCUAUGAAAAAGAAAAUCUAUGCCAUGGGUGGCGGGUCAUAUGGAAAGCUUUUUGAAUCUGUGGAAUGUUAUGACCCAAGGACCCAGCAAUGGACUGCCAUAUGUCCACUGAAAGAGAAAAGAUUUGGAGCGGUGGCCUGCGGGGUUGCCAUGGAACUGUAUGUAUUUGGGGGAGUCAGAGGCCGCGAUGACAUCCAGGGAAGUGAGAUGGUAACCUGCAAGUCUGAAUUCUACCACGAUGAGUUUAAAAGGUGGAUCUAUCUUCAUGACCAGAAUUUGUGCAUCCCCGCCAGUUCCUCGUUUGUUUAUGGAGCUGUACCCAUAGGAGCCAGUAUUUAUGUUAUCGGAGAUCUUGACACAGGUACCAAUUACGACUACGUGCGUGAGUUUAAAAGGAGCACUGGAACCUGGCACCACACUAAACCACUCCUGCCCUCCGACCUCCGCCGCACUGGGUGUGCAGCCUUACGUAUUGCAAAUUGCAAGCUUUUCCGCCUGCAGCUUCAGCAAGGCUUAUUCCGUAUCCGUGUUCAUUCACCUUGAAGAGGAAGCAGAGCAGAAGCAGAGCUCCUGACCAAGUGCGCCGUGACAUGGCUUUACGUGAGGGGGACCGAGAUGGCAGCCUAAACUUGCUCUGCGUGCCAGGCUCUGUAUGGUAACUCUGGUGGUUUUAUAAUGCUUAGACGCUUGAGCUUCAGCUCUUGUUUGGGAGAACAUGUAACUGUUGAAAAACUACCUGGGAGGAAUCAGUUCUUCCAGUUAGGUGUGUCUAUAGACAAAUGGAGGCUAGUCAGUGUCAAAAAGAAGAGGGAAGUGGGAACUGGUGUUAUGUAAAAUAUUGAAGUUAAAAUACUAAGGUGCAUUUUUCCUGAAGGUACAUUGCUGUGUACCUGGCUUUGGUAAACAAACAAACAAAAAUCCGUAUAUGCAAAUCAGAAUAUCCAAACAUGCCAAGACUGCUUUUGUACUGCACUUGGAAGGAAAUAUUAUGCCUAACCCUGCCCAACAAAUUAAGGAUUGUGCCUAAAAUGUUAGAUUGGACGGUAUGCCAGCUAGUCUCCAUUUACUACUAGUAUUCUGUGCUAAGAAUCUUUUUUAAACUAUAUUAUGAUAAAUUGAAACUAAGAUAAAAUUUCUCUUUGAUGACAUUCUAUCUUAGUGACAUAAAGACUCAAUAAAUUAAUGAGUCAGGUUGCAGCCCUCACGUGAAUUUACAGGACGUUGCUAACUCUGCGUUAAUUUAGCUUAAGGUCUGUCACGCCAUAGUUUCUGGGGUAGUACUCUUGGAGUUGUGAAGGGUCUCAGGCAGUGCCAGUCUUCCUUUCAAUUAAAACCAUUUUAUGAAUAUGAGUGGAUUAGAGAGGGGGAGAUUUUAUAACAGAAAGGCCUGAAUCAGACAAAUAACGGUCUGCUGUGACCACAAAAAGAAAACACCAAAAACCUCAAAAAAAAACAAAACAAAACUGUCCAGACAAAAUAUAACGGGAUCAAAACUUCUAAAAAUAAUCUGUCUGAAAGCACACAAAGUCUUGUUUACUACUGUUUAAGAUUUGAAAACUUGUCUUAGAAUGCGAACAUGUGUUGAGAAUCUAGUCUUUGUAGUAGAAUAUCCUCAAUGCCAUUCACUAGUAAGGAUUUUAGACAAAUUACGAUAAAGUUUGGCUGGUAGAAUAAACUACCUCAACUUAAUUUCAUUCUGUUCAUAGUAGAGCAAAUUCCUCCUUUCCUAUCUCUCACUCCCAUGCCACUCUACCCCAUUUCCCACUGGGGCGGAAAGUCUGUCAUUGGUAGCAUUUAUCUUGUAAGAUGUUUUGUUUUCCAUUCAAAUUAUACCACAUUAGUGUGAAAUCAGGGACUUGAAAGUGCUUGAUUACUUCAUCAUUUGAAUUUUAUGCAAUAUCAGAUUUCUAAUCAAUUUAAUAAUAUAGAAUUUUUCAUUUUUAAUUGUUUUCUACAGCGUUUUUCCCCUCUCUUGGACUAUGGCUCUAAGAAGCAGCAUUUUGUCUUAAAGAUUAAUGUAUAACUGUAUCUUGUGGUUGUAAAUUUGAGAACAGGAAUUUCUAUAGGAAACUCCCUCUAUGGGAUGUUUGUAUGCUAUUAACAUGCAUGUGAAAUGUCGCUUGUGUUUUCCCACCAUGAAUAGGAAAAAGGGUGAGAGGUUUUCUUUGUUUUUUGUUUUGUAUUUAAAUACCCACUAGAAGUCAACACAGUGCUAUCAAAGUUGCUGAAAGGAGCCUUGCCCAUGGGGGUUCUGGAGAAUGUUAAUGUGUGGCACAUUUACUCUCCAUUCUGGCAGAAGAGUUUGGUAAAAGAAGGAAUGAGGUUUUUGUCUUCUCUGUCAAAGGCACAAGGCCAAGUUUGCCACAAGUUUAUGUAACAGGGUCAAACUCGAUCUGUAAAUCAAAGCCGGCCUUUUCCCUUUGUGUUGUGUAUGGGUCAGCUGUUGUCUCCCGUUCUCCCAGUGAUACUUUGGAUAUCUUUUAUCAAAGCAAGCUCCAUGGCCACUGCAAGGAAAGAAAACUUGCUUUUUACAAUUAGAUACUAGUUUUAGAGAAAACAAAUUACUGAAAAAGUGAAUUUUCUUUAAUAAAGCAUCUUGUAUAGAACACAGCUUUGGCAUUCAGAAGCUGUAGUUGAGAUAUGUUAAAAUAGUAAUGGAUAUCUUUUAAAGCCAUGACAAUCAGCAGUUCUCUCUUUUUUUAAAUUUUUGAAGUUUAAGAUUCUUCCCAGUCUACGCCCGGCCUUUCCAAGGAGAGAAUUCAUUGUUUAGGGGCGAAAAGGUCCCUGUUGUAACAUUGUCAGUGCCCUGCACUUCGUUUUAUCAAGUUGUGUUUUUUUAAAUUCAGUUUAUUGACAUGAUAGCUGCAGAAAUUAGGGAAUGUUUUAUAAAAUAAAUUUGCCACAUAAUAUGGGAUGCAACAACUAACAAAAGCUGCUAAGUGCCAAACUGAUUUUUACUAUAUAUAAAUAUGAAAAUAUUUUGUUGAAGUG